AGACUGUCCAUCUCACUUGCGCCUGACGCAUGUCUUAUAUGUGAUAUGUGAUAUUCUCACACAGAAUAUCCGCCAGUGUUUCAUCUCUACUCUGUAUAUGUCUAGAAAUCACACAUUUACGAUCGGUAUUCCCUCCCUAAGUCAGUACUUACGACAAUUCGGCUUGCCUUUGGCUCGUUUUGACAGUAAUCCUUUCUUUCCCCUUCGAUACCUUCGAGUGCCAUGGAUAGAAAUUCGUCUAUUCAUACCCAGGUCCAUGCUGGCUCUCAAUUAACACCUCAUCGCCGACGAUCUUCUGAUCAUACCGAGCCUUUAGACUCCCGAGGCGAGGAACGAAAACGCCGCCGUUUGAGUAACGUUAAUACAGCAACCGCGGGUACUCGUCCCACCUUAGAACAACACAGAGACAAUGACAUUGAAUCUAUUGAUCUGACAGAGGUUGAGGGUUCUUCAGCAUUGUCAAAGGUUCUGGCGAAACAACGGGAGGACGCUGUUAAGGCCCAGCAAUCCGUUGAGCACGAAAAGGGUCGGUCGAUCUUAAAUUCAUACAAAUGCCCCGUGUGUAUGGACACACCGGAGGAUGCGACCAGCACAGUGUGCGGGCAUCUUUUCUGUCACAAAUGUAUCAUCGAUACAUUAAAAUUUAGCGAAGAACAGAGAGCUGAUAGCACAACUGUCAAAGGUCCUCGAGGAACCUGCCCCGUGUGCAGAAAACCUCUUGCGCGGAAUGAUGCCUCAGGCAACAAAAGGAAUCUUGUUCCUUUACAACUUAAGCUUGUCACGAAGAAAAGGAAUACCGCUGUGCCAAAUAGUGGAUAACUGCCGUAUACCGCCUUCGUCAUGUGCAUAACGUUAAACAACAUUGUCCUGACAUCGAUGCGAAAUGCUGAACGAAUGUCUUAAGCAUGACCGAUAUGGUGGAGCGUUAUCUGGACACUCAGAAGACUCCCACGGGGUCGAGGCAUCGCCGACUACGUUGGAUAUCCCUCACCCAUCCAUGGCCCCCAUCAUAAACCGGGACUUUGUCAUAUGGAACCUCAUAUGAACCUUUCGAUAUACCGAGCCAAGCCGCCAGAGAGUUGGCUACCAUGACAUUCGAAUUUGGAGAGCAUAUUCCUCACAGCUUUCUGGAAAGGGCAAGGAGAGGUGGCGCUAAGCAGGACAUAGCUGGCAUACCAUUUGCCUCUGCGCGACGCUCUUAAUGGUUAGAUAACGAUCGUCUUACUACAUAUGUUACACGAGCUAUUAAUGAAUUAUGAAUGGCAUGAGCGAUAUUGUACUUGUCUGUUUCCAAGUCUCAUGCAUUAAAA